UAAAAUAAAAUAAAAUAUUUAUACUAGACUGUAACAGACAAUAGAAGCUUUUUGGAUUCCCAAUUCUAUAUAAACCCAAAAAUCCAGCAGCUUUCCUUCAACUGUGAAACACUUUUACAGAAACAAAAACAAAAACAAAAUGGCAAAAUACUCUGUUUUUCAUAUAAAUCCCCUGUUUUUUGCAACUCUGUUUCUUCUAUUUCAUGGAAAUCUCGCUAGUAAAUUCAGAAAAAAGAAUAGUAUUGGGUUAGAAGAAUGGGGUUAUGUUCAAGUCAGACCAAAAGCACAUAUGUUCUGGUGGCAUUACAAAAGUCCGUACAGAGUAGACAAUCCAAACAAGCCCUGGCCAAUAAUUCUAUGGCUUCAAGGUGGUCCGGGAGCAUCAGGAACAGGAAUUGGGAAUUUCCAAGAGGUUGGGCCAUUAGAUACAAACUUAAAUCCUCGAAAUUCAACAUGGUUGAAGAAAGCAGACCUUCUCUUUGUUGAUAAUCCAGUAGGAACAGGAUACAGUUUUGUGGAAGAUGAUAAAUUAGUGGUGAAGAGUGAUGAAGAAGCAGGGGAUGAUCUGACAUCAUUAUUGAAAGGGUUAUUUAACAAGAAUGUUGAGUUGCAGAAAAGUCCAUUGUAUAUUGUUGCUGAAUCUUAUGGCGGCAAGUUUGCUGUUACUCUUGGAUUAGCCGCACACAAAGCCAUUCUUUCUGGCCAAUUAAAACUCAAACUUGGAGGUAUUGCCCUUGGAGAUAGUUGGAUUUCUCCUGAAGAUUUUGUUUUUUCAUGGGGGCCUCUUCUUAAAGAUGUUUCAAGGCUUGAUGACGAUGGAUUUCAACAAGCUAACAGUUUGGCAGAGCAGAUUAAGCAACAGUUAAAGAAGGGACAAUAUGAGAAUGCUACAAAUACAUGGUCUACACUUGAGAACGCACUUGGCUCUACUACUAAUUCUGUGGACUUUUACAAUUUUUUAUUGGAUUCUUCAAUGGAUCCACUUACAACAACAACAACAACAAAUGUGGUAUUAUCAAAAAAGCUAACGUUUGGAAGAUACUCAAAGUACCUUUCUUCUUUAAGGAGUCUUCCUGCAGGAAAUGGAGAGAGCCUUGGUACUUUAAUGGCAGGUCCUAUAAGAAAAAAGCUUAAGAUUAUCCCACACAAUGUCACGUGGGGAGGACAAAGUGACCUCGUUUUCCAAGCAUUAGAAAGUGAUUUCAUGAAGCCUAGGGUUGCUGAGGUGGACGAGUUGCUAUCCAAAGGGGUUGAUAUCACUAUUUACAAUGGACAACUUGAUGUGAUAUGUGCAACCAAAGGAACUCAAGCAUGGGUGGAGAAGCUUAAGUGGGAAGGUCUAAAGAGUUUCCUAAGUGAGAGUAGGACACCCCUAUACUGUGACCCUAAUGCUGGAACUAAGGGGUUUUUCAGGUCUUACAAGAAUUUGCAUUUCUAUUGGAUUCUUGGAGCUGGACACUUUGUACCCUUCGAGCAGCCAUGUAUUGCCUUAAAAAUGGCGGGUAGCAUCACGCAAUCUCCUGCUACUUAGAAGACGCGUCUAUUCAGAAAGAAGAACGAUAAAGAAAACACACCUUGUGUUCCAUAAAUUACUAUUACAAAUUUAAAGAAUGCCAGUGAAAAGGGUACAUUUAGGGAAUUUAUGAAAAGAGAGUAAUAUUAUACGGAGUACUACUAUAGAAAGGAAGAGUUUGUAUUUCUAUGAAAGCUGAAUAAUUUUAAAUCUGUUUUUUUUUCAAAAAUUGUAAGCCUUCACUGCUUUUUUGUCUUUCACAUCGGGAAACUUAAAGAGUUUAAAAUAUCAAAUAAAUAGGAGACUGGUGUACAGAGGGA